UGGCACACACAAUGCCAACCCGGCAGUUGUAUUUCAGUGAUAUCUGCAGAAACAUCAAGACCCUGCACAGAGUCAACCAAAUGUGAAGAUGGUUUUGAAGGUUUCCGGCUGUUCACCACAUCUGUCCCAGGAGAGUUUACCAUUGAUCCCCCUCCUCCUCCUGUAAGGCGCAGGCCCAUCCCCAGCUCGAGUGACAGUGACAGUGAAAUGGAGAUGAGACUGAGAGAGGCAGCAGUGUCAGUCACAGACCUCCUAUCAUCAGCUCUCCCCAGGCAGAUUACACAUUCCCUGCCGGAGUCCCCCAGCUCAGAGAAAAUGAAGAAGAACAACAACAACAAAGGAGAGGAGGCAGAAAGAGAGGACCAUAAUAACAGCCCUGUCCCAAAGAAAAAUAAGAAAAGGAAAGCUCUCCAGGGGGAGUGUGGAGAGAUAGAGCACUGUGGAGAAUCCUCACCUAAUGCUAAAUCCGAUGAGGAGCAGAAGAGGCCAGAAGAGGACAUUCUACCCCUGAAUAAGAAGAAGAAGAAGAAGAAAAAAGGCACAGAUGAAGUAUAAAAGCACUGAGAGACUUGUGUGCUGUUAUUUGGGAUGUUGGCUGUUUGUUCCAUACUUGUGAGACCUGUUGUACUUGGGAAUCUUAUCACUGAUUAUAAGAUGGUCAAGUCAUACACUUAUAUCACAGCAAUUUUGUACUAUGUAGAUUGCAUUCCAGAAAAUAACAAUGUGAUCUUUCAGAAAUGUGAAAUAAGUCUUUCACAAGAUAUUUGAUGACCGUUUUCUCUACCCAAAACACAAUUUGUUCUAUGCCUUGUUUCGUAAAGGACGUCGUUUACACUCAAUUCGACUUACAUGUAAAUUUAUGAGCAGGAUGCUACAAUCCUUUUUUAUUAUCAAUUCUCUGUUGAUAACGUACACACUCUGGCCAGUUUAUUUGGUACAAUACCCUGUUCACAAAAAUGGAUCGCUUGUACAGACAGUGAGUCACUUGGCUGUGGCUUGGUAUAUAAGACGGGCAUCGAGGCAUUCAGUUACUGUUCAAUUGAAUGUUAGAAUGGGCAAAACGAGUGACCUAAGCAACUUUGAGCAUGGUAUGAUCAUCACAAAAUCAUCAGUCAGUGGCAGUCCUGUGGGCAAGAACAGCUUGUUGAAGGAAAAUGGCAAGAAUCGUGCAAGCUAACAGGUGGGCCACAAAUAGACAUAUAACGGCGCAGAAGGGCAUCUCGGAACACACAACUUGUCGAUCCUUGCCACAAAUGGGCUAUAGCAGCAGACAACCACACUGGGUUCCUUUCCUUAUCAGCUAAAAACAAGAAGAAGCAGCUCCAGUGGGGAUGCGAUCACCGACAAAUGCUGUUGUAUUAUGCUGAUGGCAGAGUCAGGAUUUGGUGUAAGCAGCAUGAAUCCACGGACCCAUCCUGCCUGGUGUCAACAGUACAGACUGGUGGCGGUAGUGUACUGGUGUGGGGAAUGUUUUCCUGGCACACGUUAGGUCUCUUGAUACCAAUUGAGCAACCAAAUAUUCCGACACCUAAUAGAAUUCAUGCCCCGAAAAAUUCAGGCUGCUCUGGAGGCAAAGGGGGUCUGAACCGGCACUUGAUGGGUGCAGUGCUUCAUUUCAGUUAGAUCUUGCCAGAACAGGAUCCGGCACCUCUCCGUUUUGGACUAUUUGGCCUGAUUCGUUACCUCUCAUGGCAUGAACAAUUAUUUAUCUGAUUUAUUGAAAUACAUUUGCCAAAGUUAUAGAAUUACUGCUGUCUGUUCAGAAAUAAAUGAAAUAAUUCAGAAUA